AUGCCGGUGUCGGGGUGGGGUGAGGAGACUGUGUGGCAGGCCGUGGUUGGUUUGGGAGCCCUGCCCGUGGCUGGCGGUCGGGCGCGCGCCCGGUUUUUUUUGCGCGGGGCGCUGUUGGUCGGCUCGCUGCCAGUGGUCCGGGGGAGCUUCGACUUCUCCGGGGAUGCGAACGUCUUCCGCACCCCCACCGAGAGCACGGUCUACCUCACGAAAGGCGAGCGCCGCUUCUUCCUGAAGCGGGUGACGCUGGCGGAGGACUGGCGGCCGGGCUACGACUCCCGGCGCCGGCGCUGGGGGCCCCGCCGGGCCUACCAGGCCACCGGGCUUCGAAUCCAGCGCCCGGACCUCUCCGAGAUCCCUGCCAGCCAGAAGGCGCGUACGUGGGAGGCGCUGCUUGCGGAAAGGAAGAGCUGGCCGGAGAUUUUGCUCUUCAAGAAGCGGAUCUCCAAGUCCGAUGGCCAGUGGCGCUUGGGCCUGCGCGAGCUCGCCGCGGACGAGCCCACCUGGAGCAGUUGGAUCUACUGGUUGAUGGAAGCCCUGAGCGACAUGACCAUGCCGAGCGGCAUCAAAGUGCACGCGGACGGCUGGUGGAUGGAUUCUUACAGCCGGGGAGCCCAGAUCCCGCUGGAUCGUGAGGGCGAGGAAACGGUCACGGAGUACUUGGUCCACAUGUGGCGCCCCGGUGGCAACCUGCCACCGCUGAUCAUAGAGUACGACCUCAUGCGCAGUGUCGUGGAGGUGUCGGUGGUCUCCAACGGCAAUGGCAACGAGUUGUGGCUUUGGCCGCUCUCCGCCUCCCUCUUUGAGGUACCCGUGCUGGAGCCCUCCGCACAAUUGGCAGUGACUGGCAUUGGCGCUGUUCACAGUGCGCGGGUGGAUGUCGAUGGCAACUUCACCAACGAGACCAUGAUGACCGAAGAGGCGGUGGCCUUCCCCUGCGUGGUGGGCCAGCUGAGCGCGGACAGCUGCUCCGCGGCGCUGGGCUGCGUCUUCGGCGAGACCUUGUCAGGCGCUUCGGACCAGGCGGUGACGGGCGGAUGGCAGGUCUACGACAGCUGGGCAGAGUGCCAACAAAGGUGCUGCCACGAUGAGGACUGCCUCUCAGUGACCUGGGACAAUGAGACCAAGAUCUGUAAGACGCACAUGGAUUACCUGGAUCUGGUGCUGACAUCCUCCGCCACCGGGAUGUACGCGCCCAUCGCCUCGCGGGCGCCGUCCACGGAUGGUUUCAAAGCCAUGAGAAGCCGCUUGGAGUGGCAGGGCGCGCCGGUGGGCCAAUACCCUGGUCACCGUUCCGUGACCUUCUGCAAGGCGAUGUGCGCGGCCGAGCCGCUGUGCAACUCCAUUGUCUACCAUGAUACCCACGGCUGCUUUCUGAGGACCGCGUGUGUCUACGACCACUCGAUCCGCAGCUACGACUACACAGACGACGCGGCCUGGACCUUCUACAAGACUCAACCCAAGUGCAAGGAAGUCUACGACUGGACGGAGGAAGAGAGGCUCGGGGACUGA